UUGGCCAACCGGCCCUAUCGUGCCUGUUGUUGGCGCUCGCCAUAAUCUGCAUACACGUGGGAUCCGCGCAGACGCAGGUGCUGCCUGUCUCGAUGAUAUGCAGUACUGAUUGGUAUGUUUGCACUGAUAUCUACACGCCGUUUAUUUAUUUGCGUGCAAUUAACCCGUCUUCGUUUCGCCAGGUUCGGAGAUGAUGGACAAUGGAGCACGGUAUAUAUUUCUAUCGGCAACGACUCUGAACCUGUUGCUGUCCUCCCGAAUACCGUCGGAGUCGAUAUUCUGGUCGUUGACGACAGGGGAGGAUGUCUGCAUGACUCGGCCGCGGACUGCUCGAGCGAGCGCGGUGGAUUAUUUUCCUCAGAUAAUUCAUCGACCUGGCAAUCGGCCGGCGGCUAUCGAAACGCAACUUUCAACGGAAUCGGGUUGACUUCACUGUACGCCAAUUAUGGCGAUGACUAUGUUUCCUUCGACCUCCAGGACGGCUACGGUCCAACUGUAGCUGGCAACCUGACUUCAUCCGUGGCUACGUUUAAUAGUACUGACACCUGGGUCGGCUUUCUCGGACUGGCUCUUAGUCGUUCCGCUUUGAGCGAUUUAGGUUCCUCCACAUUCAUGGAAAACGUAUGGGAUAAUCGUUCUUCGGCCUCGAGUUGUUCAUAUGGAUACACUGCUGGUGCUUAUUACCGUUUGAAAGGUGUCCCCGCUUCACUCGUCAUCGGCGGAUAUGACCAACUUCGAUUCGUGCCGAACGAUGUUUCAUUUAAUCUCUCACUCCAAUAUGUCCCUGUUGUAUCGCUGUCAUCGAUUCAAGGCACUUCUGUCAAUCGCAGCAGCAAUUCUUCCAUGACUGAACUUGUGGAGGCUUCUAUCAACUCGUAUUUCACCCUCGACACAUCGACAUCUUAUAUUUGGCUCCCCCAAGACACCUGCGACAUGUUCAGCGAAGCUCUUAAUUUAACUUGGGAUGACAGGAUCAACCUCUACACGUACGGAGAUGAUCCGAGCAACCAUGAUUAUCUUGCCAGCGCUAAUAUUUCCUUCACAUUUGCGAUUGCCGACACUUCCAGCUCGUCAGAAAUCGUCAAUAUUACCCUACCCUUCUCCGCAUUCGAUCAAUCUAUCAGCUAUCCAUACCCUGGAUUUUACCUCAACGACACUUCUCAAACUAUACCUUAUUUCCCUAUAAAACCCGCGUCAAACAGCGAUGAAUAUCGCAUAGGCCGCGUCUUUUUUCAAGAGGCGUACAUCAUUGUUGACUAUGAACGCGGGAACUUUUCCGUCUCUCAAGCCAAUUGGGCGGGUGACUUGCUGAACGAGAACGAGCUUAUUGUGAUCGACCUAGUACCUGAUAGCGAAUUUCCAGGGGAGACGAGCGAAUCACAUUUGUCCAAGGGUGCGAAGGCGGGGAUUAUAGUUGGCUCUUUAGCCGGCUUUAUAUUCAUUUUGAUUAUAUUAUGGUGGUUCGUCUUGCGCAAGCGAUAUAUUUUCACCGGCUGUCUCCGCCGACGAGACAAGGCACAAAAGAAUCCGGAAAACAAACCACCGGUGCCAAAUUCCCAGAGCCUUGCACCCCGUCGUUUGCGGAACUGGCUGUAUCGUGGCCGUGCUGAGGUCGCGGGUGAUCAUACGCAGCCUUCUGAACUGUCGGGAGCGGAUAUGAUCCAUGAACUGCCAGGUUCAACGCCUGGGGAUUUUCGACAUUCUUCCCCAGCCACAUCCAAACAAGCUUUGCGACGGAGUCGCAUGUCCAUAGCGCCAUCCAGCAUUGUCAGCUUUACAUCGUCAACGCGCAUGUCUGUAUCAUCGGACGGUAGCAUUGAAGAAGAAGAAUUAAUUUCACCUCACCCGACAUCUCGGCCGUCGUCCAUCGCCAAACAUCCUUUUACCAUGACCGACACAACAGCAACGGAAAAUAAUGGCCACGAGACCACCACUAAUCGUUCGUCCCGAAUCCAGCCGGGUGAGAUCGUAGUCGGUCCAUCGUCACCCACCAACACUGCUCAUCGCAGAUCCGAAGAUUAAUCACCUCAUCAUACUACUCACCAUCCGUCUUCGAGCUUCGUCUUUUUUACACUUUAUUUCCCAUCGUUUAUAUCUAUCUCGAUCAUUUCAUGCCGAUCUAUCCGGCUACGACAAUAAAAUUUAACGGUUGUAUAUU